AAUUCUAUUUCCCCUUUUCACUCAAAAACCUAACACUCUUUUUUUCUCCCUCAAAAAUCAAAAUCGGAUCUCUCUGCAGAUUUUUCUGUUCAUUGCAUAUAUUGGUAGUUUGUAUAUUGCUAUGGGAAGUAGAUUGGGAAGAAGAGUUGUAAACUUCGCGAAUCUUCCGAUUAAACUCCUCAUGCCUUCCUCUUUCUCCAACAUCACUGAGAUCUCCCUCAAAACCAUCCCCUCUGCUUCCAAGAUUGAGAUAAAAAGGGUUUUGGAGUCUCUCUAUGGCUUUGAAGUUGAAAAGGUCCAAACUCUCAACAUGGAUGGAAAGAAGAAGAAGAGAGGUGGGCUGUUAAUUGCUAAACCAGACUACAAAAAAGCUUAUGUUACUCUGAAGUAUCCAUUGUCUAUCUCUCCCGACCUUUUCCCUAUCCGAGUGAUCCAAGAGGAAAAGAUGAAUAUGAGCAAGAAAUCUAAGUCUAGCAUUGUUGAGGAUGAUGAACCUAAGAAGAUGCAUUGGCUUGACGAGAAGAAAGAUGGUAGGAAUAGGUCAGAGGUGAGAUUUGGUCGUGGUCGUGACCACCGUGGUGGAGAUUGUUCGGAUAUUGGUCGUGGCCGUGUUGGAGAACGUCGUGAUGUUGGCGCUGCAGCGGCAAAGUUCCCUUGGAGCAGUAUGAGGUCUUAUGCUUCUAGGUAGAUUAUCUUCUUUGCUGCUUCUAGUGGCGCUACAUAUUUUUAUUGAUGCAGACUCAGGUAUGCAAACAAGUGAUUAGGCGGCCGUUUGCUAUGUUUCAUAUCUUCUGCUAUUGGUGAGGCCCUCUCUGUUUCUGAGGCUAAGUCUACAUUUUUUAAGAAGUUAUGUUUUCUUUUAAGGUACACUAGGGGCCUUGUCCCGGUUUAUACUAUUUAGUUAUGUUUAGAAGCUUCAAAGAUAGUCGAAUAGUUAUGUUACGUUUGGACCUUCGUGUCCUUUGGCAAUAAUUUUAAAUUUUUAUAACUUAUGUUAUCGAAUUUGUUUUCUUAUAAAA